AUGACGGGUUACACAAGGAGACCCUUACUAGCCAAAAAAGUUACCAAUAAACGUACAGCAGUGAAAGCAUUUGCUUCCGCAUUCGAUCCGCUGGGCUUACUAACACCAGAUCUUGAAGGAUUCACCGGAAACUUAUACCGAUUCAUAACAGUAACAGAAGGAACAAUAUGCGACCUAGUGAUAAUCUCAACGCCUCACCAAGGGCAUACGGGGAGUCGCAGACUAGGUAUGCCGAACACUAAAGAGAGAACCCUUCAGCCAUUUACUAUUCGCAAAAGCCAAACUGGCGGCUUCGAAGAAGACCUCCAUCCCGAGAAUAGAAUUACUAGGUUCCGUUUAGGCGAUACAAGUAAUGGCAUGGAAGCUAUAAAAAUCCUACUAGUUCGGGUGCAUCAUCGCGGAGGAGCUCUUCAACUUUGUAGUCGUGUAGUACAACGUCUGAAAGUAUCACAAGACCCUCACAGAAUCUGCCGCGGAGUCCUAAAAGUGGCAAUGCAGAAAUCGCCGAGACUGCGAAGAAUGUCAAAACAUCGGUUUACAAGAAUGACAGCACAGGAUACACGCUAA